AGAACACUGAGAUUCGAAAUGGUUUCUGUGACUCCCCUGUGUAGAAUUGCUUUCGAACAUAGCAUCCGUUCACUUUCUUUUCACUCAAACAUGGUGCUAAAUCCCCGUUGCUGGCCCAUCAAGGACAAGACAUUCGUCGUCUUCUGCCGGGGAAAGCACGAGAGAAAGCCCAAGGCAGCUAAGAAGCCAACCUCACAGCUGUAUUACCACAACCAGGACAAGGAUCACAAGUACUCCUUUUUCCACGUGGAGAAUGACACUCGAGCCUUCUUCAUCUCCAUAGGGAAGAGCCGGCUGCACCACAAAGAUUGGUUUCUAGUGGGCGAGAGGGGACAGUUCCUCCAGAAUGGAACCUCCAUCUACGACUACUACACAAGAUUCGACUGUGUGUACAAAAGGAUUCGUUUUCUGGACAAACUGCUCAAAGAUUGCUUGGAUAAGGAAAAUCGCACCCAAGACAACUUUACGAGCCCCGAGUUGAUGGCUCUACAUUUUCCCGAAACCAAAGCUCCCACCUAUACUGUGUCCAUAGGCGAGAAUACCCUGUAUUUUAACUGGGUAGUAUGCUUUCUGGGUCUGCUUCUUCUGCUUUGCUGCCUGAAAUAAACACAUGGCUUAACAUUUUAUGUAUUUUGCGAUUUUAUUGAGUUUUUAUGUAUAAAACAAUAUCUACUCUUCUCCUUAUUGCGGGCUGGGUAUUCUCUUCUCCUGGCUGAAUUUUCUUCAAUUUUGUAUAGCAAU